GUGACCAUGAGCGGAAAGAUCGUCUUCUUCGAGGACAGAAACUUCCAGGGCCGCUCGUAUGAGUGCAGCAGCGACUGCUCUGAGAUCGCCUCUCACCUGAGCCGAUGCAGCUCCUGCAGGGUGGAGAGCGGCACCUUCAUGGUGUACGACCAGCCCAACUUCACAGGCCAGCAGUUCCUCCUGACCAGGGGAGAGUACCCCGAGUACCAGAACACUAUCGGCUUCAAUGACUGCAUUCAGUCCUGCCGCAUGGUCCCUAUGCACAAGGGACCCUUUAAGAUGAGGAUCUACGAGAGACCCAACUUCGAAGGCCAGAUGCACGAACUGACCGACGACUGCAACUCCAUCCAGGACAACUACCACAUGUCAGACAUGCAGUCGUGCAACGUGAUGGAGGGCUACUGGCUGAUGUACGAGCAGCCCAAUUAUAAGGGCCGCAUGUUUUACCUGAGGCCAGGAGAGUACAGGAACCUCCGAGACAUCAGCAGCGACGACAUGAGAUUCAACUCCGUUAGACGCAUCACUCAGUCUUAACCGUGAAUGACUUCAGUUUUAGCUAAUAGGGUUGCUUUGUUUCAUAAUAACUGACACGUUGUAGGGUGCAAAAAGGAGGAGCCUUGUUUUUAUCCUGAAAUUGUGAUUUGUGCAUUGUUUUGGUGUAGUUCCAGCUGUACUGUACACCUCACUGUGAAUUUACCUCUUUUCCUGUGUGAUGCGCACAAUAAACUGACUGGAGCACAUCUGGA